AUGCCUCUGAUUGUCCCCGAGAUGUUCAGGAUGGACUCAGAUGAGCCGGCGGAGCUGCCCUGUGAGGACGCUGAAGAGCCGGCUUCCCUUGAGACUCCCGACCAGGAGACCAUGGACGAGGCCGAGCACCCGCGAGCCCAGGGACCACGUGAGAAUGCUUGGAGAUGCCUGCGGUGUGACAGUGACAGGUGGACCAGGAACCUCUACGGCACCUACCUGUGCCGGACUUGUGAAGGAACGGAGUUCUACUCUAGCCGACAGCCCCACCGUCGAGUCACCGAAGAUGGCGUCUGGAUGUACAUGCCGAGGAAUGUUGGAGCAGCCGCCGCGGCACCCCGAUAUGGAGAAGGAGCCGGCCAGGGCCAGGCACAGCCUCUCUCGAGACGGCGCCGAAAGCAACUUCGGCUUCAGCGGCGGGCUGGCGAUCCACCUCCUCCGAGCGAGCCCGAUACUGCGAGUGAGUGGCCCGAGUCGGAGACUCCCACAUACGAUCCGACGGUGGAGCCCGACACGAUCGAGCCACCACCUGCACCUCCGCGACAUUUACCUGCGAGGACUACUUCGAAGACGCCCCUGAAGGAGAGUUCGUGCCCCGCCUCUCCACCAUCCUCCUUUGGACCGACGGCACGGGCACGGACCACGGCUUUUCCGGGGGCUAGUUCACCUUCGCCUGAACCGUGGCAGCCGGCAGCGCCGACUGACCGCGGCGCUCUUGACCUGGCCGAUCUUUCGAGGCCCGGCCCACCGAGCAGCGCUACCUGGAAGUCGAAGAUGGGACCUGAGAAAGGGGUUCGAUGGCGCGGAGGCGCCCCGCCGAGCCCUCCGACUUGGAAAUACGACAGCCAGGACCCCCGCGCCUAUUCGAAGUAUGCCAAGAAGGUGGCCUUGUGGCGCAUACAGAUCGCGAGCUACAUGACCCCUCGGGAGGCCGCCCUCCUCCUUUACACCUCCCUCACCGGCGAGGCGGAGACAGAGUUAGAGCACGCCCCCAUCGAAGCCAUUAACUCCGACAAGGGUAUUGACUACAUCCUGGAGACCCUCAAGACACCUAUGGAGCAAAAGCUUGUGUUUCAGAAGCGCAAGUUCCUCAAUGAGUACGAGAAUAUUCAGAGGCAGCAGAGUGAGGGACUUCGGGCCUUUAGCAACCGCUACCGAAGGGCCGAAAGGAACCUACGAGCUGUGGGCAUCGAGGUGGCACAGAUGUACGAUGACGACAGCCGGGGCAACAGGCUGCUGGAGAGAGCGCGGCUUUCCCCACAGGACCAACGGUUGAUCUUGGUGGGAAGCCGCUACAGCCUGGCCUUCGAAGACAUUGCCGAGUCGAUGCACAUGCAGUACCCCGAGUUCAAGGCCUCCCCCGCGAUCUUCGGAAGAGACGGCCAGCCGAUAGGUGCACCCGGGGGCAAAGGAGCACCUCGCAAGGUCUUCUUGACGGACCAGGCGGACGAGAACGAGCCGGGACCUGAGGACGACGCUCUGGCAGAGGCGGCCGAGGUACUGACAGUGACGGCCCGCAAGCUUAGCGGGAUGAAGCUGGGCCGCAAGUUCACCGGCCAACCUGGCAAAGACAUUGGGGCCCAGAAGCGCAGCACACAUUGCGCAAUCUGCGGCCAGUUGGGCCAUUGGAAAGGAGACCCUGAGUGCCCUGGUUCCGCACCUCCUGGUUCGGCCGGGUCACCGAAGACCGGGGCAACGAGCCGGCCGAGCACAUCGAACCCGAGCUCGCCAAAGACGGGCCGACCAGGAGCUGACACCAAGGACCGAAAGGGGGCACACCAGGCCUUCUUCAUGAAGGACUUUGGCUCCAUCGCGGUGACGGACUCGGAGCCUACCGACGGCGGCUUCGGAUCGGUCUUCCAGAUCAACGUGGUCUAUGACAUCCAGGCCAACGCCCCCCUCGAGCCGGGCUUCCAGGACUUCAUGAUAUUGGACACGGCCUGCCAGAGGACCUGCUGUGGGGAAAACUGGGCCAAGAACCACACCGAUCGCUUGCUGGAGUUCGGCCUGAAGCCGUGCACCAUAGAGUGCACCGACGCUUUCCAGUUCGGGGCUGGCCGGCCUAUCAAGGCACCGGUCCGGACCUAUUUUCCCACGGGACUCGGAGGAAACAACCUCCUCAUCGCAGCCGGCACCCUCGAUGCACAAAUUCCUCUUCUCGCUUCCAAUAAGUUACUUGAUGCUCUGGGGAUGGUGCUAGACAUGCCUAACAACCUCGUGACUUUCAGGAGCUUGUCAGUGACCGUGCCCCUGCUUAGGGUCGGGGGCCACCUGGUUGUGAGCAUUGUGCAGUUUGCCGAGUGCAGCCGAAGCUGGAGAACACUUCAGGACAGCAUCGAUUGGAACGAUCCUCCUCCCGAGCUUGUGGUUCAAGGAGAACUAGCACCUGUGCCCCAGCCGACCGCGCCUCUCACUUUACAUGCCCGGGCUGACGGGGCAGCUGGCGACGCCUCCAUCAUGGUUGCGCAAGUGGCGGCGCUUCGUGAAGGGGCUGGUGGACUUCAACCGGAACUUCUUCAUCACGAUGACCACCGCGGUUCGCCUCGGCAUGAUCCCGGACAGCGUCUACGAAGCCGUGCCGCCCCAGUUGGACACCAAGUUCGCCCAUCCGCCGGCCACCUGCAAGCACCCCGAUUAUGUCCGGUACGGCAACGCCUACGGCAAGUUCGCUCGAUGCAAGCGGUGCCUCAAGAGGUGGAGGUGGAACGCGGAUCAGCGACUGUGGGUCGAGCAUCCGGACGGCUUCGACUGCAAACUUCUCGAUUCGCGGCCGCCCUUGCCAUCUUCCUCCAAUACUGUUUCUCGGGCCUCGGCGGCGGCAACCUCGAGCCUGUUCCAGCCUACCAACCGGGCCUCUUUAGCGGCGGCGACGCCCAAGAGGACCGCGACCACGAGGCGCACCACCAGGAGGGCCAGGCCGAGCAGUGGCAGCGAGAUGGAGGUGGACGCAUGGCGGCUGAUCCAGGAGGAGUCGGACUACAACUGGGAAGAUGUCGAAGACUGAGAGGGGACUGGAAGCGGUCCGCCAAACUUUUGGAGCACGAGAUCGAGAUCUACAGUCGCCAGCCGAGCGCCAUGGAGCGCCCGCCGCAAUCGGUCGACAUUCUGGAGAUCUACGAGGACCACCUCGACGUGCCGGCCCGCGCGGCUGAACUCAGUCUGACCUCGACCUCGUUGCCACCUACGUUGGCGAGCCAGCUUCCCGAACAAGAUGCACGACAACACGCACAACGAGCACUACGACGGCUUCGGCCACACGUCCUCUACCUCUCCUUCCUGGCCCGGCCGCUGGACACGAACGAGUACAACUUGGCGACGGAGCUCAUCCAGGAACAGGCGGCAGCUGGAAGGGCCAUCGUGAUGAUUGGCCCGGCCGGCCCCUUUAUGAAGGCAGCGGGCGAGCUACCUGGAGCCAAUACUUGCAAUUUUGGGCACGGCGCCUCAGCCACGACCCUUAUGACCUCGGUGCCCGGAGCCACAAAAUGGUUCUCCUCAGCACCUCGCGGCGAGACGGACUUCGACGACCACGUCGUGCCCCUCCUUUACAUGAUUCGGGACUACGUGCGCAGCCGCGAGCCGAGCCGCUUCGGGAUCUACGAGACCUUCGUGACCUACCGCAGCCCGGUGACCAGGCUCGAGGAAUGGGAAGAAAUCGCCGACACCCUCGAGAGGUCCUUUGGGACCCCUGGAACGCGGCCUUUCUACAUAGACCCUUCGAGCGAGCUGGGCCGGAAGGUUCUGUUCCGAAUCAAACUUGAGAGAGCCCAGGCCGUCCAGACACCUUCGCAAAGACGGUUGCCACAGGAUGUGCCCUUUACGGCACGUGGUGCUUUCUUGGUGCACAACGACGGCACCAAAACCAUCGAGCUGGAGGACUUGAGCCUUGUGCACCAGCCGAAGCAGCGCUUCGCCAAACCGGUCAGGUACGGCCUCCUUGUCUAUGGGCACUUGAUCGCUGAGGACGAGGCGGAGAAAACUGUGGAGCCGAGCGCUCCUGUGUCGGGGUUGCCCACCGACGUCUCUUUUCCCGGGCUUUCCCCUCAGGUUCCAGUGGAAGUGCGCCGCUCCAUUGCCCGAGCACACAUCAAUAUGGGCCACCCGACCGCCGAGGAGCUCAUUCGGAUGGCGAACGCAGCGGGCACACCGAGCUCGAUGUUCAUUGAGGCAAUCCGCCGGCUUGAAUGCGCGACCUGCGCCCGACUUAAAGGACCACAAGCACCACGACCGGCAACUUCAACCGUGACGGCAACGCAGUUUGGUGACCGGGUCGAAGUGGAUGUCUUUUACUUGCGCGACCUCCAGGGCCGCAGCUGCAUGAUACUUGGGGCGGUCGACGUGGCCACCCGUUUCCACCAGGCAGCCGUUCUUCCGAGCCGCGACCCAGAUGAAGCCUACCAGGCGUUGGAAGGAAUGUGGCUCAGGCCGUUCGGGCUCAUGGUGCAGAUCGGCUUGGACCCCGACACAACCUUCCAGGGCUCCUUCCAAGAGAGGCUUCGAUCGCACGGAGUUAUGGUCGACUACUGUCCGGCAGAGGCGCACUGGCAGAUUGGCCAUGUGGAGCGCCAGAACGCCUUCCUCCGAACCGUGCUCGAGAAGAUGGUGGACACCUUUGGGGCGACCGAAGUCUCCGACAUCCGGCUUCUUUUGGCGCCGGCCCUGCACGCGGUGAACAGUAUGACUCUGAGCAGGGGCCGUUCGGCCUAUCAGGCGGUCUUCGGCAAGGUUCCUCGACUUCCAGGAGGCCUACUUACCGACUUUAACAGCCUGGCCACGACCCCGACCGACGACCCCGCCGCCACGGCCGAGAUCAUCCGGUCGGAAGCCUUGAAGACCAUCUGCGACAUGAACGUCCGCCAAAGUUUUCGGCGAGCCCUGCUCCGCAAGACACACAACACCAAGGUGCCACAGCUUCAGCCAGGGCAGGCGUGUUCGUACUGGCGCUGGAGAAAGCGCGUCAAGAAGCGCGGCGGUUGGGUUACAGCCCGUUUUCUGAGCUGGGAUCCAGCCACACCUGGGAAAAUGGCCUGGGUUCGCUCUGGCACCACGACCGCCCUGGUUGCAGUGGAGCAGCUUCGAGCAGCAACCGGCUUUGAAGCAUGGCUUCCGACUGAGCCCGACGUCGCAGCCUUGAAGGACGCCUCGCAGAAGCUCGACCAAACCCUUUGGGCCGAUGAGUCGGGACCACCUCCUCCACUACAACAUCGAGCGGACGGGGACGAGAUCUACCAACCAGACGUGCCAAUGGGGAAUGGCGACCAAGAGCUCACUGCGGCACUGGCUUCGGCACCGGCGGCUUCGGCGGCUGCCCCUUCCGCGCCACCACAACAGACGACGGUUCAGAUGGAGAUGCUUGACCAAAGCCAGAACACCUUGGUCUACCAGCCCACGGUCCAGAACACCUUUGUCAAGAAUACCGCCCGUCUGGGAGACCCGAGCCAAGGCGCCAGGCGAGGAACUUCAGUGCCUCGCACCCCUCGAGGAAGUCCCGCGCCGAGGACACCGAGACCUACAAGGAGCCGCUCACCGGUGCCCGCGGCGUUGGGACCUGGAACAGCCGAGCUUCCACAACCACGACAGCUACAACAGGAACUUCCAGAACCUCCUGUACCGGAACAGCCUUCGGAAACCGCGGUGCCUCCAGAGACACCUCAGCUACCAGAGGAACUUCCAGAACCUCCUGUUCCACCACCUGCACCGCCGACGCCUCUGGAGGUUGGCUGGGAAUCUGCGCCGUUUGACUCUGCGGGCUAUGACACAGACCUGGAACUUGAUCUACCACCACCGCGUCCCGACCAGACUUCACAGCCACCGUCGGAGCUACCACCAGAACCUCAGGCACAACAAGUACCUUCGGCAACAGCUACGGGAACAGCUGGGAGUGCACACAACUCCUCGGAGAGGCCGCCAACGACCCCGGUCUCCAGCAACCCUUCGGGUGGAGGCGCCGAACCAUCGUCUCUUCUCCCCGCGAAAAGACCCUUCGAGACCUUGACCACGCUCUUCUACGACGAGGACCUCCUUCACCACUGUGUUCCUGGAGACGAACCAGCAGAAGGCCACGGACCUAAGCCGAACGCCGUCUACGAGGCUUACCUCAACUCGAAACACAGGCUGGACGACCUCCACGGCACCGAGAAGGAACCACAGGAGAGCGACACAAGUGACAGCGACUGGGGAGACCAACCGCCGGGGAAACAGCCCAAGGGCAUGACCAGGGCCGAGGCGAAGGCACUCGACCGCGAAAUUCCGUGGAGGCACAUCCUUGAGCUGGACCAGCCCGACAUCGACGCCUACCUCAAGGCAGUCGAGAAGGAGGCAAAGAGCUGGGAAGAGUGGGGUUCGGUCAAGGCCUUGUCCCACGAAGAGGCGCACCGAGUGCUCCGUGAUCGCAUUUUGUGCAAGCGAGUCCUUCGAACUCGCAGCUGCUUCCGGGACAAGAACAAGGGCGUGCCGCCCCUUAGCGCGAAAUGUAGGGUAGUGGCAUUGGGCCACAAAGACCCGGAUAUCUACAGAUUGAACCGGGAGUGUGCCACCCCGAACCGGACCUCGGAGCACGUCCUCUUCAUCAUCCUGACGUCCGGCAGUAACGGGGAGUUUGGGGAGAACAAGAAACGUUGGACUGGAUGGUCCGGGGACGCCUCAACGGCAUUUCUCCAAGGUGAUAUAUCGUCUACCGAGCGCGAGCUUCCCCUCUACUUGCUCCCUCCUUCAGACGGCGUGACCGAGCUCACCUCCUACUGGAAGGCUCCGCUGUACUUGGUGUGCACCAACGUUUACGGCCUGAGUAACGCUCCAAGACUUUGGUCCUUAACGGUGAUAAAGAGACUUUGCGAGCUAGGCUACCGACAACACUCUUUCGACAAGAUGGUGUUUCUUAAGUUCGAUGCCUCGGGCCACCUCCUCUCAAUCAUCAUCGUGUACGUGGACGACUUCUUGGGAGCAUUCCGCUCGGACUAUAACAUUGACGAGGUCCACCAGGCCUUCAAGUGGGGAGCACUCCAGUACUUCGAGCCGGGCACCCCGGUAACCUUUAAAGGGAAGCAGAUAACGCUGAAGCAACGCGCCAACGGCAGGUACUACCUUCAUGUCUGCCAGAAGGAGUUCAUUGACAGCAUGAGCUCCGGCAAGAUCCCUCGCAACGCCGACCUCGACGCGGUCUUGACCACCGAGCAGCGAGCUGAGUUCCGCAGCGUCACCGGCUGCCUCCAAUGGGUUUCGGGACAGAGCCGCCCAGAGCUCUCUGCUGUGAACAGCCUCUCGAACCACGGAGGCCAGACUACUCUCAACGACCUUCGCGCCUUGUACCAGGCCGUCGACUUUGCCCAGGCAACGAAAGAGGAUGGAUUUGUGAUCCCCGACGUGCCCGUGACGAAGGCCAGCGUGGUGUUGAGCUUUAGUGACGCAAGCUGGGCGAAUGCCGAGAACUGCCGCUCUCAGUGUGGCGUCCUGGUGUUGCUCUGCGGGCCCACCGUUACCCAGCGGCCAGCACCAGCAAUGCUCCUGGACUGGCGUUCCUGCAGGUCCACGCGGGUCUGCCGAUCUACCCUGGCCUCGGAAGCUUCCGCCGCAGAUGAAGGAUGUGAUCGGGCGGCCUACGUGAACCUGUUCCUCAGCGAGAUCCUGUACAACGUACCGGCUCACCGAGUGACUCCGAGGUUGUGCCAGCUCGCGGUAACGGACGCCAAGUCCCUUUACGACUGUGUUGUUUCCGACAGCCCUAAUUUGAGUGACAAGAGGUCACUUGUGAAUAUCCGGGCAAUCCAGGAAGUCGUGCCCGGGGAAUUCUUCCAUUGGGUCCCUACCGACCUGAUGUGGGCAGACGGCCUCACGAAGCACAGUAGGGAGCUACAACAGUCGCUCCAUGAGUGGCUCCAGCAGCCGCGGGUGACACUGCGGAAGGCACAGGCGGAGCACCUUGGUGAGCUUGCACAACAAACUCAGCAAGAUCGACAAGAAAAUGCGAAGGCAAUGAAGAAGCUGGAGACUGAUACAAAGCAGAGCAUCUCUGCAUCGCAGGCACAUGUGGAACAACAGCUAAAUACAAAGCUGCAAGAGAUGCAGCAGAAUUUGCAGAGCUUUCUGAGGAAGCAGGAUGCUGCUUUGCAGCAGCGGUUUCAGAAAGAGCUGGAGGAAAAUGCGUUCGCUGUGAAGCAGCAGCAGGAUAUGCUCAGUGGCCGACUGGAUAGCAUUAAAGUUGACCAGGGAUUUUGCAGCAAAACGCUGGACAGAAUCGAGAAAGAUCUGUUGGUCUACCAGGAGACUCAGGCCACCUUCAAGGAUGCAACUGAUCGCCGAAUUGGGGAGCUUUCUGUCGAGCUCCAGCGUAUCAAAGUCAGCCAAGAAGCAUCCCUCAACCAAAGCGCAGUUCAAGAGAAGAUUACAUCUGAGAUUCGCUCCUUGAAGGAUGGAAUUAACAGCAUUAAGCUCACUGUGGAUGGAAAUGAGCGGAUGCCUUCGAGACCGUCUUCUCCUUCCGGUGAUGCGCGGUCGGCCGGGCCACUUUUGAGACCACUGUACUGUCGUCCGACAGCUGUAGCUCCUCCCCAGGCCUGGCAAGUGCAAGGGGUGCGUGUACGAUCUAUCAGUCCUCCAAAGCGGGCAGUUCCGGCUGGCUUCCUUCCGAAACCUCCGAGUCAAGAGCCGAUGGAUACUCCGGACGUCAAUGUUCCUGCACGAAUUUCGGUUUCUUGCCACAACAUUCCGGGUAUUCCUGCCAUCAACGGCGAGUACCAUCGAGUUCCUGGUGAGUCCGCAAAUGGAAUGCCGUUGUGGAAGCAUGUUGGUUCGGAGCUAUGGCUGUACUGCGGAACGAACAGGCGAUGGUUUGUCGGCGGACAAGAUGCCAAAGAAUGGAAGUUCCGUUGUGAAGCCGGGUUCAUUUACAGCGAGCCCGUGGAGAAAGGCACGACGCCUGAUCGGAAGAAAAUCGAUUACAUCCCUCAUACGGGUAUUGCGGUUUUCGGCAAGGAGUAUUUCUUCGGUGGAGGUCCCCAGGUUGGAAUUCCUGGCCAAUCCGUGCCCGUGCCAGUUACCCAGGUGCUAGAGCUGGGUGAAACCCAGAAGACGUGCGAGGAGCUUGAAGCGUACAUCCGAAACGUGCUCUCGCUUGAACACAACGAGCAGAACUAUGACCUGCUGCGACACAACUGCAACCAUUACGCAGACGAUGUUGCAAAGUUCUUGCUUGACGGUGCAGGCCUUCCAACGAGUAUUGUCAACGUGGCAGAAGAAGCCCUGUCGACGCCACAGGGUCAGGCAUUGAAGGUAAUGAUUGAGAAUAUGGAGCGCAGCAUGCGCUCUGGAGGCAACUCCUCCUCACUGAAUCCCUUUUCCAAUGUCGGAACGUCCCCACCCAGCGCGGCAGAAGCCGGGGACGAAUGGCACGCAGAGCUACAGGCGGCGCUUGCGGACCUUGCGAAGAACGAGCAAGAGGUACGCCGAACUGCACUGCAGAUGCUGCUGAAGAUGACAGAGAAUGUGGAGAAGAGCCCGUCCGAGCAAAAGUUUCGCAGAAUCAAGAUGUCCAAUUCGGCAUUUCAGAAGAAGGUGGAAGCCGCAGGUGGCGGAGUUGAGGUGAUGCUCGCAGCCGGUUGGCUGCCGGAUACCAUGCCUGAAGGGGAGGACUGUUGGCUGCUGAAUGAUGCCGCUACCCAGAGGCAGGCAUCCGUACGCAAGACCUUGGAAAGCGAGCUUGCAAAGUUGCCAGCAGCUCCAGCACCGGUGCCAGCGCCAACGCCUGCGGCGCAACCAGCAGGUUAUGGAGGUGGAUUGCCCGCCGGCUUACCCGGUUUGCCUGGUGGCCUUGGGGGGCCUGGCGGCAAUGCAAUGAUGCAGCAGGCUCAGCAGAUGAUGAUGAACAAUCCUGGUAUGAUGCAGCAGGCGCAGCAGAUGAUGCAAGAUCCCAACAUGAUGGCGCAGGUGCAACAGAUGAUGCAAAAUCCACAGGCCAUGGCCCAAUUGCAGCAAAUGAUGGGUGGCAUGGGCCGUUAG